CGACGCGACCGCACGCCCGAUCGCAUCGAUCAAAAACCAAUCAAAACCCACUUCAAACUUGAAAAACUUUUCAUUCAGUGCGCGUACAGUGAUUGCGCUUGCGAUUACGAAGAAAAGAAGCAGUGAUUAAUGCCGGACACGAAGUGUGUCGAAAUCAUAACACACGACGCAUCCACAAUCACAACCACGCAUACGACCUACUAAUUAAUUCGAUUAAGUUACAGAAAUGAACCUCAUAAACGAGCAGAAACCGUUGAGUGAAGAGAAGCGAAUCAGUGUGUUGGACUUUUAUCGAGGGAAAAAAGUCUUCGUCACUGGUGGUACAGGCUUCCUGGGUAAAGUAAUCAUCGAGAAACUUCUACGACAACUCGAAGUGGAAACAAUCUACAUUCUAGUGCGUGAAAAGAAAGGAAAAAGCAUUCAUUCACGCAUCGAUGAAAUGACAGAUGACAUUUAUUACGACGAUUUAAAGAAGUCCGAUCCGAAAUUCAAGCAUAAACUAGUCCCUAUCAAUGGGGACUGUGCAUAUGCCGGUCUAGGUCUCUCCAUUACCGACGUACAAACACUUAUCGAGAACGUAGAGAUUGUUCUGCAUUGCGCAGCUACGGUGCGUUUCAAUGAACCUCUGGAUAAAUCCUACGCUGUGAAUGUGACAGGAACAAAAGGCGUUGUGAAUCUGUGCCAUAGCAUGCAUCGUCUGCAAGCCUUCGUGCACGUCUCCACAGCGUAUUCAAACUGUCACCUCUCACACAUCGAGGAACGUUUUUAUGAUUAUUCUCUUGGCGCAGAUGAAAUCGCCGCGUUACUAACAAAAUUAACACCGGAUGAGAUCGACGCCAAGACACGUGACAUCAUAGGCAACUGGCCGAACUCGUACACAUUCACAAAAGCACUCGCGGAGAAUCUCAUCCGCACCGAAUGCGAGAAACUACCAGUUGCUGUUUUCCGCCCGGCGAUUAUCCUGUCGACGUACCAGGGAGCAACACCCGGAUGGAUUGAUAAUAUCUACGGACCAGUUGGGGCUUCGGCUAGUAUCUACGCUGGUUUCGGACGGGUUGUCUAUGUUGCUCAGGAUGACAGUUGUAAUGUAGUUCCGGUGGAUAAAGUUGCAGAUGGUAUUUUCGCUGCCGCCUGGGAGGUAGGCACCCGGAUACACAGGAAAUGUGAAGAUGUCAAUGAAAAAAUCAAAAUCUACAAUUAUGUUUCGUCCUCGACGAAGAACACCAUCAAUUGGAAGGAGUAUAUUUAUAUUGGAUCGUUUUACAGUCGAGAAUUCCCGCUGUUGAAUACAAAACGCACGCUGAAUGUCACAAUGGCGCGCUCGGAAACUGUUUAUAAUAUUCUUAUCCUGUUGUUACACUAUAUCCCAGCGUUGAUUAUUGAUUUCUUCAUGCUUUUAAGCGGAAACAAACCAAAAUUGUUUCGUUUGUACAAAAAACUUCAUUCGCAAAUGGCCGCCGUGUUGUUUUUCGUCUGUCAUGCUUGGUCUUUUGAUAAUAACAAUGUACAAAAAUUAUACGAGACGUUAUCACUUGAAGACAGACGCCUAUUGCCGAUGGACAUGCAUGAUGUCAACUGGAAAUUAUUCAUGAAGAAUUAUAUUUUGGGGAUUCGUCGAUAUGUGCUCAAGGAAGAUGACAGUACGCUUGAGCCAGCGCGUAAAAAAUUGAAGACAAUGGAACGUUUGGAUAAUUUCAUCAAAUGCGCGAUUUGUUUCUUUAUUGCGAAUUAUAUUUAUGGUGUCGUUUGUGCAACGAGCACGUGGCUGUUGUUUGGAUGAAAAUGGCAGCCGGGCAUGCGCGGUAAUUUAUCGGGUGAUAACAAGGACAAAAUACUCAAUUGUAGGUGCUUACAACGCUCUGUAUGGUCUAUUGUUAUGUUAAUUUGUUAAGAAUUUAUUGUUUUACGUAUAUUCUAGGUUUUGUGUUAACGUUUUAAGUCUAAAAGCAAUUUAAAUGUAUUUAUUAUGGAAUAAAUAUUGAAGUUUACUAUAGGCAA